AGCAGGAGGAAACUCCCGCCCCCAGAAACCCCAGCUUUUCAAUUUCCUUAUUCCUCAAUUUCUACACUGAACAAGACGCACAAUGUAAUUUUGUUACGACAGUAGCACGUAGCUCUAUUUUCUAGUUCAGUUUUAAUUCAGUACCCUUCAUGGAUUCGUAUGUAGCAUGACGAAGAUUUAUGUCGGUUUUAGUCACCGGAAUGUAAGGAAUGGCAGCGGUGCUAGUUGUCUGCCUUCAUCCCUGGUUCACUCUCGGUACAGCUAACUGUCUUAUCAAAAAAACCCGUUAGCAUCACAUAUUUGAUUAGAUUCGCGAAACUUCAGCAAUGGAGGAAGUGGAUAAAAUUUUGAUUCACGCCCUCAAACAAAUUGGCACGGAUGUGAGUGAGGAGAUCAGCAGCAUCAAUCAGUUCUCAAGUGAGCUGAUCGUGAAGGCUGUGGUCAGAUGUAUCCAGGUGAUCAAUCCAGGCCUGGGCAGUCCACUGCCCAGCUCCCUGCCUCCGGCCAUGUCUGCUCGUUUUAGAGUGGGCAUGAGUCUUGCACAGGCAUGUCAGGAGCUUGGUUAUAAAGGAGAGAUUGGUUACCAGACCUUUUUGUACAGCAGUGAGCUGGAGAUCCGCUCCCUGCUCAUGUUCCUGGUGGAGAAGCUGCCCAGAGAAAGCUCUGAAGCCUCAGACCAGCCAACAGGUAAAUCUGUGGUUCUCCAGAGAGCCAUAGCUGCUGCAAUCAAAGCCCAGCUGUCUGUUCCCUGGCUGCCUAUGAACUGCAGACUACCGUUGCACACUGAAACACAAAGUGCCGGACCUUUGCACAGCUUCCACACUCUGCCGCUUAGUUUACCCUACUCCUCUACAGGCUUGGGUGACAAAUAUGAAAAAGAGGAGAAAGAAUAUCAACGAGAUUUUCUGCUUCCUGUCACUGCCCAAAUCUCACAUCAACCUUCUAUGGUGGCUUCCAUACUGGAGCAUCACACCACUGUGCUGAGUGCUGUUCAGCAGUGGGACAAUGAAUGGAACAGUCAGGGACUCCUGUCUCGCCUCACACCACAGGAGUAUCGUGCUAGAAAAAUGGCCAGACUUCGGAAACGCAUCAAGGAGCAGCUGCGCUCUAAUGCACAUCCUUCUCCUGAAGGUAGCUUCAGGAGUUCACACUCGUCCAAUGACCUGAGUGAAGUACUGCAGAUGUUUAAAAGCCCCUCCUCUUCUGACCACAUCCUGACCAAGGGCACGCACUUUACUCACACCCAGAAGUUCACAUUUGAACAGGAACCUGCAGCAGUGACCAGCCCCGUUCCUACUGGCCGUCAGUCAGAUGGUGAUGUUCAGCAGCGCCAGCAGGCAGAGAUAGAGUCACUGCAGCAGCAGCUUCAGCAGCUCUGCACUGAGAUUGAACAGCUCACAACAGACAUGAAGCACAUGAGUGUCACUCAUACACAGGUACUGAAUGAGAUUAAGCAGAAAGAGCUGAUGAACAAGGAAACAGAGGACAAGAUUCAGGUGAAGAAGAAAACACUUGACUUCCUGCCAGAUAGCGAUAACAGCUUGCAGAAGCUACAGGCUCAGGUAGAGGCCAGUGCUGCCCGGUUGGUGAACCUGGCUUCUCAGUGGGAAAAGCACCGAGCUCCACUAAUUGAAGAGCAUCGAAGGCUGAAAGAAAAGUGCAGCAACCAGGAACUGGAGUCGUCCAGGAAGCUGUCUGAAAUUAAGUCCAUGCAGGAGAAAAUCCGAGUGGCUACAGAAGAGGCCAGGAAAAAAGAGGACAUUCACAAACAGCUGGUAACACAGUUGGAAAAUCUCCCCAAAGAUGUGUCCAGGUCAGCGUACACUCAGAGGAUCCUGGAGAUCGUCAGCAACAUCAAGAAACAGAAGGAAGAGAUUAAUAAGAUUUUGUCAGAUACCAGAGAGCUACAGAAGGAAAUCAACAGUCUGACAGGAAAGCUGGACAGAACCUUCGCUGUGACUGAUGAGCUGGUCUUUAAGGAUGCCAAAAAAGAUGAAUCUGUCCGCAAGUCCUACAAAUACCUGGCUGCCCUACAUGACAACUGUAACCAGUUGAUCCAAACCAUUGAGGAGACGGGUACAAUUUUGAGAGAAAUCAGAGAUCUAGAAGAACAGAUUGAGACAGAAAAUAGCAACAAAACUGUAGCAAACCUGGAGCGCAUACUUGAGGACUACAAGGCCAUUCGACAGGAGAACUCUGUACUUGCUGCCAAAAUUAAAGAAGGUUGACGUCAGCUUGAUCAGCUCUAACCUCUGAGGCUAACGCUGGGUGCACAUGUGAAGGAGAAUGAACAUUUCUCCAGGUUCUACGUGAAGCGGACUGAAUUUAGUGCCAUGAACAUCUUUGCAUUUUUAUCUACAGCCUAUAAGAAAUACAGGAGAAAUACAGGACUUUUGCUCAUUUUAAAGUGAUUUGGUUGUUUUGUACCAAUCAUUGGACAGCAGAGGGCGGUGCGACAUCUCUUCAGUGUGUGUUCCCGUAGGCCUUGUUUUCAAAAUUUGCUGAAGUGUCAUUUUUAAUUUCCUAACAAUAACUAUUCCUUCAGAUCAGCAUCGGUAGAUUAGUAGUGUCAUGAUCAUAUUUGAACUGAUUUAUGUUAUAACCUGUAUAUGAAUGUAGCUCAUGAAUAACGUUCAGCCUACCGGCCAAGUAUUGCUGUAAACAUGGCACCAGCUUAAUUAAAGUUGCCUUACACACUUGA